AUUAGGCUAUCCGUCAAACGACGAUGCAUUCGACCAAGUCAGCCGUGUUCCUUCUCGCCUUGGCCAUCAGCGCCAGCUGCGUGGUGGCCACACCGCAUCUGGAAAUCUUGAAUGAUGUCUUCGAAGCCUUCAACACGACUGGGCAGCAAAUCAUCAGUGGGCUCGUGGAUGCCACCAAGAAUGGCACGGCCAUAGCUGGCGAGUUCCUGGACAGCAUAAGGAACUCCUCCGCCCAGUACACCCACGAAACGGUGGAGUUUGCCCAUAAAAUCGCAGAUGCUGUUCAUAGAGCCGCCACCGAGGGAAUCUCCGACUUCUCGGAAGCUCUGCGGGCUGCCAUCGACAGAUUGCACCAGGAGAUUGAUCGGGUGAGAAACAUCCUGCAGCGACAGACGCUUAAGAAUGCCCUCGCAAAACUGCAGACCAUAAAUGCAGCCGUAACUGAUCUGGAAAUUGCCGUGAAUAACCUCAAUGAUAGGAUCGACGAGAAGAAAGAACAGUAUUCCCUCAUAAUCCAGGAGAAGUGGAGCCAGUGGGGUGACGCCCAAUUGAAGCGAGUGGAUGAGCAGACGAACGGAGUUGGCAACGAGGAGGCCGAGGAGAUCCUUGAUGAGCUGGUCUCUCGGUAUUCCGCAUAUCUGCACAGCUGCCUGGAGGAGCUGCAAGCGCAGCAAGCCUCGUAUGAGCAAAAUGUCCAUGAGGCCGUCGUGAAAUACCAUAAUGCCACCAACAAUCUGGCUGCCCAGAUCGAGCUCUGCGCCGAGUCCAACCUUAACUUCCUGUCCUGCAGCUAUGGCAUCAAUAGGGCGCUACGCGGACUCGCCUCGGCUCCCGCGGACCUUAUCAGCCUGAAGCUCCAGGGAAUCCGACUGCUGGCCAUCGGCCUGAAUGCCAGUGGCUGUGUGGGCCAGACCCUGGCCCAGUACGAGCUGGAGAAGCCCAGCGUGGAGCGUGAGCUGGAUGAGAUCAUCAGGAGUUACCAGGAGCAGAAUAGCUCCACCGAUGACGACUCUAAUUCUGAUAACGAAACGACCACCGUGAGUGAAGAAUCCUCGUAGAAAUAUUCAAACGAUCGUAAAAUAUUUAGGUUUUGGGAAGAAGCAGCAAAAUAAAUUACUCUUUAGUGCAACUAAA